GUAAUAGAUCGCUGCCGUACCAACAUAUAUAUGAAAAUAUAAUUAACAAAAGAUGCAAAUAUAAUUAGGUUUGAUCAAAUUUCAAUCGGGUUAUAAGUCUGCCAUAAUUUUCAGAACUAAUAGUACUAACUUAUCAUAGACUUGGUAAAUUAUUAUUUUUGUUUGUAAUUUGUAAAUGAAUAUUUACUUGAUGGGGGACUCAUAUGUAAUAAAUAAAAGUUUGUUAAAAAAAAGACUUACCAUAGACUUGCGCUGAUGUGAGAAUUAAAAUGAAUUUUAUUGGUUAAAAAAAAGGACUGCACCAAAACAGUCUAAAAAAGGAAUGUACCAUAGAAUCUCCCUUCAAAUAUUCAAUUACUUAUCAAAUGACAUAAAAGCCAAUUAAAGCCGCAUAAAAUACUUCUAGACUUUGUCAAUAAAAUAAUAAUUCUAGACUUAGUCAAAAAGAAAAUACUCCUAUACUUCCCUCAUAAGCUUCACUAAAUUAUCUCUACAUGUAUAAAUAGCAAAAAGAUUAUACCAUUUCUCUCAUAUCACACAAUUUUUCACUCUUUUAACAAUGAUGAAAAAACAAAGCAUAGCCACCUUUUCCACAAACACAAAACAUUCAACUAAAUAUGGUGUUAGAUCUAUUAGUUUACCAACAAGAUCACAUCCUAGUACAAUUCAAAUUGAAGAAGAGUUAAUCAAACUCAAAUCAUGGGAAACAUCAUCAACAUCAAAAUCUGAAACACUUUGUUUUGGUCUCUCUAGCUUAACAAAAUUGUAUAUAUGUAUUGAAGAGCUUCUAAAAUUGCCUUUGACUCAACAAGCAUUAUCUCAACACAAAAAUGAGAAAUGGGUUGAUGAGUUAUUAGAUUUUCCACUAAGAUUCUUAGACCUUUUAAGCAAAACAAGAGAUGAUGUUUUGUUAAUGAAAGGAAAAGUUGAAGAGCUUCAAUCUUUUCUUAGAAGAAGAAGAAAAGUUGGUGAUAUUGAAAAUCAUGUUGGUGAAUAUUGGUGUUUGAGAAGAAAAAUGAGAAAAGAAUGUACAAAAUCAAUUCUUUUGUUGAAACAAAUUGAUGGGUCAAUUGGGUCAUCAUUUAUUUCAUUGGAUCUUAAUAAUCAUCUUUGUUCAAUUGUAAAAGUGCUUAUUGAAGCUAGUUUGAUAACUAGUGAUGUACUUCAAUCACUUGUUGUGUUUUUUUCUUCACCAAUUUUGGGUUCAAAGGUUAAUAAGUGGUCAUUGGUUUCAAGGUUGAUACAAAAGGGUGUGUUUGGUUGUGAUAAUCAAAAUGAGAAUAUAAAUGAGUUGGAAAAAGUUGAUUUUGGAGUUAGUAGUUUGAUUAUGGAGAGUUUGAGUAAAGAUGCUGAGGCUGAGAAGAUUCAAUCUGCACAUGGAAGGUUAGAAGCUUUGGUUGUGGCUAUUGAAGGGAUUGAAAAUGGAUUAGAAUGUUUGUUUAAGCGAUUAAUUAAUACUCGUGUGUCUUUUUUAAAUAUAAUUUCUCCUUAAUAUAUGGAUUAUGAAUUUAUGAUAUAGGAUGAAAUUUUCCAAAUGUACAGAUUACACAUACAUAGUUUUGUACUUAUUAUUGGUAUUAAUGUAUUUGUACAUUUUGUUUUGUUA